AUGACGUUUGAAAGAAAUAUUAUGGUGGUGAUGAUACUGCGUUUUCUCACUUCAACUCAGGGUUACAAGUUCUACGUUGGUGGUAGAGAUGGUUGGGUUGUUACUCCUUCUGAGAAUUACAACCAUUGGUCUGAGAGGAUGAGAUUUCAAGUCAAUGACACUCUCUUUUUCAAGUACGAGAAAGGUUCAGACUCGGUGUUGUUGGUAACAAAAGAAGAUUACUUCUCCUGCAACACCAAGAACCCGAUCCAGUCCUUAACGGAAGGAGAUUCGAUCUUCAAGUUUGAUCGGUCGGGUCCAUUCUUUUUCAUCACCGGCAACGCUGAUAAUUGCAACAAAGGGAAAAAGCUCGCUGUCGUGGUCAUGGCCGUACGACACAAGCCACCCCAGCAACAGCCUCCUUCUGCUUCUCCUUCUCCCUCGUCCGCUGCGGCUCCGUGUGAUUCGGCUGACGGGGUACCAGCUCCGUCGUCGGAGCGGAAAUCGGGCUCAGUCAGAGCAGCAUGUCCUACUUGGUUGGUGGUGGGUUUUAGCGUUUUGGUCAGCAUGGUUUGA